AUGGGUGACAAUUGGGAUGAUGAUACAAGUACAUCAAAUCAGAAAUCCACUGGGAGUAGCUUUAGUUUUGGACAAACAACGUCAUCUGGUUCACAACUAUUAGGUCUUGGACGUGGCAAAGUACAAGCCGCAGUAACCGAUGAACCAAAUGGAAAAUGGAAUCCAAAUCGAGCAGAUUCUAAGACUGAUGAUGAUAACAAUACGCCAAAAAGAGUAUUUGGUGGAUUCCGAAAUGGAGGCGACAAUGAAGGAAGUGGUAGCAGUGGGAGUUUUGGACGAGGGGGAGGAGGAGGCUUUCGUGGAGGACGUGGGGGUAGAGGUGGUGGAAAUGAUUCAAAUUCAAGAGCUUGCUUUAAUUGUGGUCAAGAGGGUCAUCAGUCAAAAGAUUGUACGGAGCCAAGAAAACCACGAGAAGGGGGUUUUGGUGGACGAGGCGGUCGUGGUGGAGAAUCAUCGAGCCGUGGAGGAUUUUCAGGCUUUGGUUCAAGAAAUCGAGAUAAUGAUGAAAAUAGUGGAUCAAGUAACAACAGAGCAUGCUUCAAUUGUAAUCAAGAGGGUCAUAUGUCACGAGAUUGUCCGGAACCAAGGAAACCAAGAGACAGUAAUUUUAGCCACUCCCGUGGCGGAUCAACAGCAACACGUGGCGGUGGAUUUGGUAGUUUCAGACCAGAAAACAAUGGCGGCGGUGACACAGGCGAAAAGAAAGCGUUCGGUGGCUGGGGUCGAAAAGCAAAUGAAAAUGAGGAUUCUAAUGCUGAUCAAAACGAUGAACCAAAACGAGCAUUUGGUAGCUUUCAUCAAAAUAACAAUAGCGAACCAAAAAGACCGUUCGGUGGUUUCCGGAAUGAAGGUGAGGAAGGGAGUAAUAUGGGCGCUGGUUUCAAUACGUCACGUGGAGGCUUUGGUGGCCGAGGAGGAAGAGGCUGCUUUAAUUGUAAUCAAGAAGGACAUCAGUCACGAGACUGUACCCAGCCGAGAAAACCACGAGAAGGAGGUAGUGCACGAGUUGAACGUGGCGAUAAUGAUCGUGGAUUUUUUGGUAGCACUGGAAGAAAAGAACAUGGAUCUGAUGACAUUUUAGAAGGCCAAACCGCUAAACCACAAGUUGAACGUUAUAUACCACCACCAGCUCCAACCACUCGAGAGGAUAUAUUUGGAACUGCAACACAAAAAGGAGAAAAUUUUCAAAAAUAUCAUACGACCCGUGUGAAAUGUUCUCCUGAAGGAAAAAUAGUACCAAUUGAAAUGUAUGAAGAAGCUGGUCUUAAUACAGAAGUUUUAGCAAAUAUUCGAUUGGCUUCUUAUGAUGAGCCAACAGCCAUACAACGAUAUGCAUUACCAGCUAUUUGUAGCCGACACGAUUUAAUGGCUUGUGCACAGACAGGCUCGGGAAAAACGGCAGCUUUUUUGCUACCAAUCAUUUCGAACCUAUUGGAGUUUCAUAAAGAGGAAUUGUUUGAAUCACAUCAUCCACCAGCGCCAUUAUGUUUGGUAGUGUCACCGACAAGAGAAUUGGCAUUACAAACGGAACGAGAAGCGAGAAAAUUUGCUUUCAAUACAAACGUGAAAGCAUGUUCGGUCGUUGGCGGCCAUGAUAUGUUCACAGUUUCUGAUCGUUUGAGAGACGGCUGUCAUAUUCUGUCAGCAACGACAGGACGUUUGAAAGAUAUGGUCGAAAAGGGACGUAUCUCACUCAGGAAAGUAAAAUAUUUUGUUCUUGAUGAAGCUGAUCGUAUGUUGGAUACUGGCUUUGAACCAGAUAUUCGAAAACUUCAAGAAUUAGGAUUACCAGCCAAAGAAGAUCGACAAACGUCUAUGUUCAGUGCCACAUUUCCCGAUGAAGUUCAACAUUUGGCCAAAGCAUUUUUAGGAGAUUAUAUAUUUUUGGCUGUUGGUCAUGUCGGUGGAGCAAACGAAGAUAUUGUUCAAACCAUUGAACUUGUACGAGACUCAGAUAAAAAAGAUCGUUUAAUAGCAUUAUUAGAAGAAAAACUUGGAAACGAAAGAUGUUUGAUAUUCGUUGAAACAAAACGUCAGGCCGAUUAUAUUGGCAUACUAUUAUCACAAAAAGGACUUAUAAGCACAACUAUGCAUGGUGAUCGAACACAAAGACAACGUACAGAAGCUGUUGAACAGUUUUCAAAUGGUAGAUGUCCAAUAUUAGUAGCUACGAGUGUAGCGGCUCGUGGAUUAGAUUUUCCUUUAAUUGGCUAUGUAGUCAAUUAUCAUUUACCAGAUUCAAGUGACUUUUAUGUACAUCGUAUUGGUCGCACGGGCCGCGCCGGUCAUAUUGGCAAAUCAAUAUCGUUCUUUGAUCCUGAGAGAGAAUCAGAUCGACGAAUUGCACCUGAUCUAAUACACAAAUUACAAGAAGCUGGCCAAGAAGUUCCAGAGUUUCUUCAAGAACAAGUGUCAGGUGGUGGUGGAAGAUUCGAAACAAGUGGUUUUGGCCAUUCGUCUGAUACACGUGUUGCUGGACGAUCAAAUAACACUGCCGUUGCAAAAACAACAGCAACAGCUGGUGAAGCUGAUAGCUGGGAUUAA